UCUCUCAACAUCUCCGAUCCGUAUAUCCCCUUGAUGAUCGCUUCCGCGUACACAUGUCGGCGAAUAUUCUAAAAAUCGGCUUCAUCGGCGGCGGGAAGAUGGCGAAGGCGCUAGCGGGUGGAUUCAUUUCCGCCGGCUUGACCAAGGCGGAGAACGUAAUGGCCAGCUUUCAUCCGUCCGAUACGCAAUGCGCGAGGAAAUUUGAGGAGGAAUUGGGUGGGAGAACAGUAUUCGAGAAUAAACCGGUGGUAGAACUUUCCGAUUUAGUUUUAAUGGCCGUUAAGCCGACGGUAAUGCCGACCGUUUUGAACGAUAUUAAGACGGCGGUUACUAACGAUAAAUUAUUAAUUUCAAUUGCGAUGGGUGUAACGUUGGGAGAUAUCAUGAAGCAUCUUCCGUACGAGGCGAAAGUGAUUAGAGUGAUGCCUAACACUCCAGCCCUUAGCAAGUGUGGCACGAGCGUACUUGUCCGAGGGGAAAAUGCUACUGAUAAUGACGUCCUUUUAACCAAAAGGCUGUUUAGUGCAAUCGGUAUCUGCGAAGAGGUGCCUGAGCACUUGUUCGACGCGAUUACGGCAGUCAGCGGAUCAGGACCAGCAUAUGUGUACGUUUUCAUUGAGGCUUUAGCCGAUGGGGCAGUAAAAAUGGGCAUCCCAAGAGAAUUGGCCUACCGGCUAUCGGCGCAGACGGUUUUGGGCGCCGCGCAGAUGGUUAAAGAUACCAAAAUGCAUCCGGGCGCGCUUAAGGACGAUGUCACCUCACCUGCCGGAUGCACGGCAGCCGCGCUACAUUACCUUGAGAAGAAAUGUUUUCGUUCCGCAAUAAUCGGCGCAGUUGAGGAGGCCACCAGGAGAUGUCUCCAGGUAUCGAAGACCCGGACGAAGUAGACACACGCUGCUAUUUGUACACAAUUACAAAUGGUGGAUCCCGCCGCGCGGCCAAGGAGCCAACGGGCCGAUGUCGGAAAACAGCUGAUUUUGACGUUGAACAUCUGUCGCCGAUUCGAGGCGUUAUUUUUAGCGAUACUUAAUUUAUUUUUAGCGUUUUUAAUAAAUAAAAGCUCUUUUUGUUGUUA